AUGCUGGGAAAUGCAUCUUGUCGCUGCUCCCAUCGCCCUCAUGGUGGCGCUGUGCUGGAUGUCCGUCAGCACCUAUGCGCAGGACAACACCACAAUGGCACUGAGCUCGAGCAACACCACAAUGGCACUGAGCUCGAGCAACACCACAAUGGCACCGAGCUCGAGCAACACCACAAUGGCACUGAGCUCGAGCAACACCACAAUGGCACCGAGCUCGAGCAACGCCACAAUGGCACCGAGCUCGAGCAACGCCACAAUGUCACCGAGCUCGAGCAACGCCACAAUGGCACCGAGCUCGAGCUACGCCACAAUGGCACCGAGCUCGAGCAACGCCACAAUGGCACCGAGCUCGAGCAACGCCACAAUGGCACCGAGCUCGAACAACACCACAAGCAACACCACAAUGGCACCGGGCUCGAGCAACACCACAAGCAACACCACAAUGGCACCGGGCUCGAGCAACACCACAAUGGCACCGAGCUCGAACAACACCACAAGCAACACCACAAUGGCACCGAGCUCGAGCAACACCACAAUGGCACCGAGCUCGAGCAACACCACAAUGGCACCGAGCUCGAACAACACCACAAGCAACACCACAAUGGCACCGAGCUCGAGCAACACCACAAUGGCACCGAGCUCGAGCAACACCACAAUGGCACCGAGCUCGAGCAACACCACAAUGGCACCGAGCUCGAGCAACACCACAAUGGCACCGAGCUCGAGCAACACCACAAUGGCACCGAGCUCGAGCAACACCACAAUGGCACCGAGCUCGAGCAACACCACAAUGGCACCGAGCUCGAACAACACCACAAUGGCACCGAGCAUGACAACGACCCCUGCCCCAUUUACUAUCAACACGACAGUCACUACACUUACAAGCAACUUGACCACUUCUGGCUGUGGAACAGAGCCGUGAAGAGAAUUGGUGGUUUCAACCACAACUUUGGGUUGGCCGGAGAAAGUGACGGUUACUUGGCCUGUGCUCUGGGGCCACCAAAUGGAGGAACGCAGACGGUGUAUGUGUGUGUUAACAGAAAUGGCAUAGUUACUUUCCGCAGCGUUUCACUCGCAAAUGGAGUUUUUACAAAUAUCAAGACACCGGUGACAAACGUGAAAGCCAAGGUGACCGGCAGAAGGAUCCAGUGUGAAUUUUCAGCCACAAUCCCCAAUGCAACAUCAACAAACAGAGCAGCAGACUCUACGUACACACUGGGCGUGCUGACUGGAUCUGUUGCGGGUGAGUCAGAAAGAAUCCCGCCACAAAGCUCAAUAAAGUCAAAGAUUUGA